AUGGAUAAGGUGAUGGAAUACAAGGAGAAGAUUUCUGCCAAGCUAGAGCGAUACGAUAAAAUCGUCGAGCUGGAGAAGCAGACGGGCGUGGAUAAGUUUUACAUCUUCUGCGUUGGUGCCCUCUUAUUGGGUAUCGUGCUGUUCGUAGCGGGUGGUGAACAGCUAGUGGUUGGUCUGGUGGGAUUCAUUUACCCGGCAUACAUGUCGUUUAAGGCUAUCAAUACGCCUGGAACUGGUGAUGACACGCAAUGGCUUACAUACUGGGUUGUUUACGCGUUUUUCAACCUCACGGAGUCAGUCACGGAUCUUGUUCUCUCUUGGAUCCCGUUUUACUUUUUCCUGAAGAUUGGGUUCCUUGUUUGGAAUUACCACCCAAGCACUCAGGGCUCUAAAUUGAUUUACAACACGGUGAUCAAGCCAUACGUGGCCCCUCAUGUCGGACACAUCGAUUCGGCGUUGAAGCGUGGUGAGGAUGCGGCAAAGAAGCUGGCAGCGAAGAUUGAUGAAAAGUCUCAGUAA